AGUGAUUAUUUCUGUCAUUUUCUUAGUAGUGUGGAGUUUUUCGGUACCAUCAGCAAGCGAAACUGUUUCUAGAACGACUAUUAUCACGUAGUUAAAACUAACCUGACUGAAGUUGAACGACGUAACGUUAUUUUAAUUUUUAUACUUUCGAUAAGUCUUAAAAAAGAUUUAAGAAGUGACCAUGGUUUUGACCAUCAAAGCAUUCUAUCAGAAGGAAGGAACUGAAAAAACUGAAAUCAGGCGUUUCCUCACAACAGAAGGUGUUUUUAACUCCUACACAAAUCUUUGUGAAAAAAUUUCCAAAGUCUUUCCACAACUAACGGGAAAAGCCAUUCAUCUUGCAUGGAGAGACUCGGAGGGUGAUGAAAUUAUCAUGUCGAGUGACGAAGAACUAGCUGAAGCCAUUGCUCAGGCAGAAAAUGACCUGUUAAAAGUCCAUAUUUACUUAAAUGUGAAAGACGAACCAAGCAUGAAAAAACAAAGUGGAGGAGAGAAGGUGGUACAUCCAAAUGUUACUUGUGACAAAUGUGACAAGCAAGUCAAAGGAUAUCGUUACAAGUGUCUACGAUGCAAUGAUUUUGACUUGUGUGAAGACUGCCAUGCUCAGGAUGCUCACCCGGGUCAUGAUAUGAUCAAGAUCACUUCUCCGGUACAACAUUCUCCAUGGUUCUUUCCUGGUUGGCAAAAACUGUGGCAUCACAUCAUGGGACCUCAAGCUUUUCAGGGUGCUUGGGGAGGAUUUGGCAGGCAUGGUCGCGGAUUUCGUUGCGACAAAGGACGAAAGUGGGGCCCGCAACGUAAGGCUCAUCCUAACCGUGAUGGUGCCACUAAUGCUGAGACGAGUGAUGAUAAUAAAAGAACUGAGGAGGAAGAAGAUGUAACUAUGGCAGCUGCACAACAAGGUGCAGAGUAUCUGUACUCCAUUGGAAAUAAAGUGGCAGCCAUGCUGGACCCUCUUGGUAUUGACGUUCUGGUCGAUGUUGAACACAGUGAUGGAGAACGAGAAAGAUGUGGAACACUACAGGAGGAGAACUUUGAGAAACAGGAUAGAAAGAGGGUUCAAGAAAAGCAACAGGAAAAAGACAAGUGUCAGAAACAGAGCAGCAGUGGCUCUGGAAAAGAAAUAUUGGCAGAGCUAACAACAAAGGAUGAAGAUCUGUGUAAAAAUCCUGCUGAUGAUGUCUCAUCAGUUAAAAGUGAUGAGAAAGUUGCCACAUCUUCACAGAAGAAAACGACAGUUGGUAAUGUUGGUCUUUUCAGUUCAAAAUCUGAAGACACUCCGGUUCAGGACAAGCAGCCAUCAGAAGAGGGAAAAGUCCAGGAAGGUAACCCUGACAACGAUGUUGGCUGGACAUUGGUGACUGAAGAUUCUCUUGUGGAAGCCAGAACUCAGUCUUCACAUGAAAAAAAUAAAUCGGAAGAACCAGCGAGUCAAGCCCCGUCAGUUCAGCCACAAGAUACCAGGACAAAAGAAGUUAUACAAAAUCCCAAAGUGACAAAGGCUUUGAACCAAAUGAUAAGCAUGGGGUUUUCAAACGAUGGUGGAUGGCUCACGAGACUACUGGAAGCUAAAAAUGGGGAUAUCAGUGCCGUUCUGGAUGCUCUACAACCUUCCCGAGCUAACUAGUGUGUGGGAGACUACUUUAAUGCCGAAUUAAUAGCACUAAUUAGGGCUAUUGUUGUUUUGUUUAAUUUACUUAUAAUAGAGGCAUGCUUGUAGUUUUAAAAAAUGCAUUCUCCAUGCAAAAAUUAUUAACGUGAUCCUAUAUAUAUUAUAAUAUAUUAUUCAUAUAUUCCUGUUGGAUUCAUAGCUUUGAUGUUGACAAA